AUGAGCGCAGCGCGGCGCGACGACGGCGGCGCGUCGCCCAUGUCGGGAGCUGGUGCGUCGCCCGCGUCCGAGUCAGAUUCUGCCGGAGAUACCGCCGACGAUCUCCUUGCGCGCCUCUUGCAGUGUGACGAGCAGCUGGCCGAGCUGCUCCAAACCGCGUCCUCCGCCGUAUGUGCGCUGGCGCCCGAUGCGGCCGACGAUACCCCCUCUGAAAACAAAGGAACGUUUGAGGAUCAUACACAGCACUGGUUUUCUACGCUAAAUGAUGUGCAGCUCGCGCUUCGCGAAGCGGCGCAUGCGCUGCGGCACGCGCGUCUUCCUCCCCUCACUCCCCCCGCCGUGGCGCUAGCCCGUCUGAGUGGCGAGGCAGGCGUCGCGGGCCCCGCACAUGCGCUCUCUGCCGAGACCCCGUGGAGUCUCUCGACGCUGCGCCUGCGCGAGGCGGCCUGGCGCCACGUGGCGACGUCGCUUCGCGAUGCGGCCCACCGUGCCUCGGCCGAGGACGCUGCCACGACUCUGGACGCCCUGAAGCAGUACACCAACGUUGUCUCCGACUCGGGUGACUUCGAGUCCAUCGACGCGUACAAGCCGCUCGAUGCGACGACCAACCCCUCGCUCAUCCUCGCUGCGGUGAAGGAGGAGAAGUACGCCAAGCUCAUCGACCCUGCGGUCGAGUACGCCAAGAAGCAGAGUGGCAACAAGGACCAGCAGGUCGAGGCUGCGGUCGACCGUCUGCUGGUCCUCUUUGGUCAGGAGAUCCUCAAGAUCAUCCCCGGCCGUGUCUCGACGGAGGUCGACGCCCACCUCUCGUUCGACACCCAGGGCACCAUUGAGAAGGCCAAGCAGCUCAUUGCGCUGUACGAGUCGCAGGGCAUCUCGAAGGACCGUGUCCUGGUCAAGAUCGCCUCGACCUACGAGGGUAUCAAGGCUGCUGCCGAGCUCGAGGCCAAGCACGGCAUCCACUGCAACCUCACCCUGCUCUUUGGCUUCUGCCAGGCGGUGGCGUGCGCGGAGGCCAAGGUGACUCUCAUCUCGCCCUUCGUCGGCCGCAUCCUCGACUGGUACAAGAAGAACAAGCCCGAUGGCAACUACGACGGCGCCAACGACCCUGGUGUCGAGUCCGUGAAGCACAUCUACGAGUACUACAAGCAGCAGGGUGUCGAGACGAUCGUCAUGGGUGCCUCGUUCCGCAACACCUCGGAGAUUGAGGAGCUCGCUGGCUGCGACUACCUCACCAUCUCGCCGGGCCUCCUCGAGAAGCUCAAGGCGGACUCGAAGCCCCUCGACCGCAAGCUCUCGGUCGAGAAGGCCAAGGCUGCCAAGGCCAUCCCCAAGGUCGAGUACCUGCAGCACGAGCAGAAGUUCCGCAUUGCCCUGCUCAACGAUGAGAUGGCCUUUGACAAGCUCCACGAGGGUAUCCGCAAGUUUGCCGCCGACGCGCAGACCCUCAAGGGCAUCAUCGAGAAGAAGUUCUAA